UCAAUUACAAGCAUGAGUACUGCUCCGUCCCUUCCCCUGCAAUUCUCCACCCUCCCUGCCCUGUUUCACCUCCUAAUGCUCCACCUCCUCCUGGUCGUCCAAGGCUCGCCUCCGGGGCCGGUCGUCUUGUGCCAGUCCGGAAACACUAACUGUACCCUCACAAACGCCUACGGCGCCUUUCCCGAUCGCAGCACCUGCCACGUCACCGCCGUCUCCUACCCUUCCACAGAGGAGGAGCUCCUGCGCGCCGUCUCUGACGCCGCCGUCAAGAGGCAUCGCGUGAAGGUGGUGACCGUGUACUCCCACAGCAUCCCGAAGCUGUCGUGCCCUGCCGGCCCCGACGGGCGGCCGGGCCUCCUCAUCAGCACCCAGCGGCUCAACCGGACGGUGAGCACCGACGCGUACGGAGCGAGGAUGACGUUCGAGGCAGGGAUCACGCUUCGGUCUCUCCUCGACGCGGCGGCGGCCCGCGGGAUGGCGCUGCCGCACUCUCCGUACUGGGAAGGGGUGACGCUGGGCGGCCUGCUGAGCACCGGCUCCCACGGCAGCUCGGCGGUCGGCAAGGGAUCGGCGGUGCACGAGUACGUGGUGGGGAUGAGGCUGGUGGUCCCCAGUGCUGUCCCAUCGGCGGAUGGAUACUACGCCAAGAUCGUGAGCCUUGGCGAGCAUCAUCCUGAUCUCUUGGCCGCCAAGGUUUCUCUCGGCGUUCUCGGAGUUAUUUCUCAGGUGACCCUCCAAUUAGAACCGAUGUUCAAGCGGUCCGUCACCAACAGGGUCGUCAGCGACGCAACGUUCGAGCAAUCCAUCUCGUCCUUCGCCGCCACGACGCCCUACGGCGACAUCAUCUGGUAUCCUUCUCAGGCCAUCGUCGUCUACCGAGACGACUUCAAACUCCCCGUCACCGCCAAGGGAAAGGGCAGAAAUGAUUUUAUAGGCUUUCGACCUCAGCCCACCUUCUUCAUCGCCUCCGCUCGUGCCGCAGAAAAAUUAGCGGAAGUAACAGAAGACGCAAAUAUCAAAUGCGUGCUGUCCAAGCUACAAGUACAGACUCUCAUUUCGCUCGGAAUGGGCUUCAAAAACAACGGCGGCGGCGGCGGCUUGCUUGGAUUCACCGGUUAUCCGGUCAUCGGAAACCAAAGCGACAUGCAAAGCUCCGGUUCGUGCUUGCGGAGCGCUGAGGAUGGCCUUGUCACGGCCUGCGGAUGGGACCCGCGGUUCAAGGGACUCUUCUACCACCAGACCGCCGUGAGCAUCCCUUUCGCCAACAUCACCGACUUCGUCGCCGACGUGAAGAAGCUCCGCGACGCCAACUCCGGCGCGCUCUGCGGCCCCGACCUCUACUUUGGUUUCCUCAUGCGCUUCGUCCGCAACUCCACGGCCUAUCUCGGCAAGACGGAGGACGCUGUCGACGUCGACAUCACCUACUACCGCGCCAGAGACCCGCGGCAGGCCCGGCUGCAUGAGGAGGUGCUGGAGGAGAUCGAGCAGAUGGCGCUGUUCAAGUACCGCGGGUUGCCGCACUGGGGGAAGAACAGAAACGUGGGGUUCAUCGGGAUGAAGGACAAAUUGGGAGCGAGGUUGCAGAAGUUCUUGAGGGUGAUGCGCAGGUACGAUGGCGAGGGGUUGUUCUCCUCGGAGUGGACGGAUGCGGUGCUGGGACUACGAGGGAAGGAGGUUGUGGUGGAAGGCAACGGUUGUGCGCUGGAAGGCCUUUGCAUUUGCUCCUGCGACGAGCACUGCGCGCCGGAGCAGGGUUACUAUUGUGGAGAAGGCCAAGUGUACCGUCAGGCUCGCGUUUGCCGAAAAAUCACCGAAGACAGCGGUUAAUGUGAUCGCCGGUUAAUUAACUUGGUCUGCUCAUUGAAAAAUUUGUAAAGGUUAUUGCUCGUU